AUGCAGGGUGAAAUCGGUGAUGGCCAAGAUAUUCUUGUGAGGGUACAUUCCAAAAUGCCUUACAGCGACAUAUUUGGGUCAGCCAGAUGUGAUUGCGGAAACCAGUUGGCACUAGCAAUGAAGCCAAUCGAGGCUACUGGGCAGGGUGUAUUAGUUUAUCUUCGUGGACAAGAAGGUAAAGGGAUUGGUUUAGGCCACAAGCAUCAUGCUUACAACCUUCAAGAUGAUGAACACGACACAGUUGAGGCCAAUGAGGAGCGUGGAUUACCUGUUGGUUCUCGGGAAAACGGCAUCGGGGGCACAAGUAAGGUUUCUUCUGCAAAUUGUUUGAUACCAAGGGAUCUUGGUGUUCAUACAAUGAGGCUGAUGACAAACAAUCCGGCAAAGUAUGUCCGGCUUAAAGGGUACGGUUUGGCCAUUUCCGGCAGGGUACCGUUGUUGACCCCAAUAACUAAAGACAACAAUGGAUGCUAG